GUGACGGUCAUGAGGGUUUGCUGCCCCUCUCUGCUCUCCGGCAUACCGAGGUAAGAUAUUUGAGGAGGAAAGUAUCCCAGAGCUCCGAGGACCAAGUCUUUUGGAGAAGGCAUCCCAACCAGAGGAGCUCUGCAAUCUAAUUAUCCAAUUUGCUUGAUGCCGUGUAAUCGUACAGACGGGAUGCCUCGUGGAGACUUCAACAUUUAUUUUGCCAGCGGCAGACGAGGAUAUGUCAGAGCUGAAGAGGCAGUGGGAAUAGUUCUGCUGGUGGUGAUCUUGGCCGCUCUCCUCAUCGUGGGCUGCUGGUACUUCAAGAAGAGGAGUGGCUACAGAAUAAUCAGGAACCCAAGAUCAGGUUCACCAGGUUUCACAGGAGGCCAGUAUUCAGAGGCAGGACCUUCCUCAGAAAACAAGAUGGCUCUAACUGACUUUGGCAGCUUCCGGCCUGCGGUUCCUAAUGCUCCUCCAGCCUAUGAAAAGCUUUCCUCAGGGCCACUGCCUCCUCCAUAUUCUCCCUGAAGGACUUCUGAAGACAGACAGAUGUCUGGAGAAGGAAGGAAGAUACUGAAGAACAAACUUUAAACUCCAUCUGUUGUCUGAUACUCUGAUGUCACUGUCAAUAUGGUUCUUUAUGCUUUGUAGCUAAAUAUACCAAUCGGUGAAAUUACUCUCAUUUUGUAAAAUUAUUCAUAUGAAUAAACACAAUGUAUAUACUGUAGGUUGUUUAAAUAAACACUAACAAAAUU